UCUCUCCCUUCACUUCACCACAGCUGAUCAAAUGUCAAGAAAAUGGAGUUUAGUUACGCAUUUUAUAAUUUCAGAUUAGAAAAAGUUACAAUAUGAAAUCUAAUAAUGUAAUUUUUGUAGCCUGCUUAGGUUAUAAUGGAUAGUGCCGCUCCAUUUCAACCGUGGGCUUCUGACGACAGUGCGAAAAAUGUUAAAAGUGAAAGAGAUCUAGUGGAUGACGCGAAACUUCAUCGGGAAAAUGUCAAUCAUCCAAAACAUACGCAAACUGCGUCUUACGAUAAAGAAAGUGUCGCCGUUUCAAGCAACGCUCCUGGAUCCUCUGGCGGCGCGACGUCCGGCGCUGAACCCGCCAGGGGUAUUGAGUCCAAAAUGGACUCUACCAAAAUAGCUUCUAUGCAGCAGAUUGUGGAGAACACCAUCAGCCAAGAAGGUCGACAAAGAGUAGGACAACUGUUGGAGGCAGUAGAAGCAUUGUCAGGAGCGGAGAGGCUAUUACUCUAUUUGAGGUUACCCACUGGUGUGCCACCUCAUGACCCAUUGAAACAGCCCAUAAAUCCACUAGGAUCCAGGGCGGAACUUCAGCAAACUGUAACAUGGAUACAGACCCAUUUAGAAGUUGACCCUGACGUCUCUUUACCGAAGCAGGAUGUUUACGACGAAUAUAUAGCGCACUGUGUGAGCAGCAACAUGAAGCCGCUGUCAACAGCUGACUUCGGAAAGGUCAUGAAGCAGGUCUACCCCAGUGUGCGUCCACGGAGGCUCGGCACUCGCGGCAACUCUAGAUAUUGUUACGCUGGUCUGCGUAAGAAAAUCAAAUUGGAAGUGCCGCAACUCCCGGACUUGGGUGAAUCAUCCAAGGAAGUAAAUGUACCAUCGAGGGAAACUGAGAGAAUAGUCUGUGAUUGGGCGGAAAUCAAAUUAGGCAUGAAGUUCUCCAGCAUAUCGGAGCUGUCGCGACACCUGACCAGCGCGCCGCCGGGCCCGCCCAGCAACUCGCCGCCGCCACAAACACAAUUACCGCAAGAUGAAGCGACGAAUCAACAGUUAAUGAAGCAGCUCAAAAGGAAAAUUCAGACACAGGGCACGCCCGGGCGGCCGAAGAAGAACAAGAGCGUGGGCGCGGCGACCGAGUCCCCGCCCUCCACGUCCUACAGCCAUCUCCCCAAGCCCGAGGAGUUGCCGCCCGAACCCACGUACGGCUAUCAGCCGCCCUAUGUGCCUGUUUAUGAGGUGCGGACGCCGUACGCGGCGCCGGCGCCGACGCCGGCGUACAGCGCGCCGCCGCGCGCGCACCCGCCGCCCAGCCACGAGUUCCGCGCCGCGCCGCUGCCCUUCCCCGCGUACGCGCGCGACCUGUCGCUGCCCGCCGAGCCCAGCCUGCCCAUCAACCUCAGCUGCGACGCGUCGCUCGACCUGUCGCUGGACCUGUCGCCCGAGCGCGACUGGCGGAGACGCGCGCCCGAGCCGCGGCCGCUGCCCGGCAAGAAGCUCAUCCUCGAGGCCUACCACAGCGAGCGCGCGGCCGAGUAUCUGCCCAAGAAGAUGCGCGCCGCCGAGAGCCUCGGCGGCAAGCUGGCGGCCGCGCGCGCGUCCUCCGCCGCGCCGCCGCCCGCGCCGCCGCCCGCCCCGCCCGCGCCGCCGCUCCUCCCGCCGCCCGAUCGAGCCGACCGUCCGGCUUUUUUAGAGGAUCCAAAAAACUUAACGAGCCGGUCCACAAGCACCGCCGCGGCGCUGGCCCGGGAACGACACGAGGCGGCGAGCCCCCCGCGGUCGGCGGAGGCGCCCCCUGAGCGGCGCCCGCUCGAGCCCGACCUCAGCAAGACGCCCGUCAUCUGCGAGGAGAGGCACGCGGAGAUCCUCAACAGGGAGCGCGUCAUCAGCAUCUGCAACAUCGACAAGCACGACCUGGACGACUACCUCAACGAGGGCAACAGCCAGGAGCACGAAGAGGAGCUGCUGCGCUACUUCAACCAGCGAGACGCCGACCACCCCUCCCGAGACCCCUCCCAACCCGCGCCCGCUUUUUUAGAAACCGGCCCGGACCCGCCCGACGAACAUAGCCAGGGAAAAAAUGAGAAGAUAUCGCAGCUUCGGGAACUAUUGGCCAAGAAUUUGAAGAACCAGAGUGGGUCCGCUAAUAAUGUAAUCCCAGAUUCCCAGCCCGAUCUCGAGUCGCGUAAUUCGCAAGAGAUCCUCCCGGACCAGAUACCCAAAUUGAUUCCCGUCACGGAAGGGGCCUUCAAACCCCUUUUAGGGAAUACCGGGACGGAUGUUGCAAAUGGACCUAUAUUGACGAACCAAAACAUUACUAUGAACGGAAAUAAAAAUGGCAACACAAAUCCUGUAGAAAAUGGCGCCUCUUUACCGUAUGUUAAUGAGAAUACACCUAAUCAAACCAUUGCAAAAGCAACAGGUCCGCACAAUUACAACGGUCACUCUCACAAUGAACCACAAAGUCCAAAAACAAGAACACAACAAUACGAAUUCGUACCGAUAUCUGAUGGGUGCCAUUCUCCUGGACACUUCAGUUCGAAGUCUCCCUUAGGGUUCGGGCAGCGAGGUCAUAGCCCCACAAAAGUGAACAAGCCUGCAAUGAUGGGCGGAUCUUUGCAAACGUCUCCCAUAUCGCACAGCACUGCAGCGAGUCCUUUCGUGAGCCCCAGGAACACGCCAGUGCCGCGCUCGCGGCUCUGCUCGCGCCCCAUCCCCAAGCUCAACGGAAGGAAACGAAGAAACCCCCUGUCAUUAGGCAUGGCUGACGCCAAGCAAUUCGCGAUGCCGAACGACCAGAAAAUCAUGACCAAGACGACACAAGACAUCUGCAGACAAAUAGGCAUUCCAAAUAAAUACUGCCAACCGUUGCAACCUAUGUCGGCACCGCCUUCGCCCAACAUCCUGACGUCCCAAUACAAGACCCAAAUGUUCGGAAUGCCAAACGGUAAUAGUAACCUUCACAGUUUAAAUUUCUUACCGAACGCGCCAUUCAGAGAUCAUAUGAACGGCGAGCUGAGCCAGCCACUGUCGGCCGACCCGCUGUCGAGCGAGGUGAGCCAGUUCUUCCCGGAGACGCCGCUGCAGUUCCGGCCGGCGCUGGACGCCUUCCGCUCGCAGUCCGUGCCGCUCAAGAACAUGAACCUGGGCCUGCUCAGCUACAACAACACGCCCGUCGGCUCCGUGCCGCCCACGCCCGUGCCCAACGAGUUCUGCGAUUUUGGCUCCCUCACCGAAACCUGUGAUAUAUCCAAGGCCGGUCUCAACCCCGAAACCCUAGAUAAAAUUUAUAACGCUAUAGAUAGUAGCAACGACGUACUUAAUUCUAGCGCCACGGCCGGGUUGUUGAAUUCAGCGGACCAUAUGAGAAACGGAUGCGACCCCUUGCCGAACCAGCAGAUACUUUCGGACGAGCACCUGCGCUCGCUGAUGCCCGGCGACCAGCUGCUCGACAGGAACAGUCAGUUCAACCAGACGUUCAGCAGCGACGACGCGGCGCCCGAUAACGUCGACGAAUUUUUGAAACGAACAAACAGCCUGGAGUUCGAUCUGUCCGAAUUAGAAACAGACAAAAGCAAGUACUACACGUCGCGGUCGGUGCCCAGUACGCCGCUGCCGUACAAGCGCGCGGCGGGCGGGCCGGCGGAGCCCAGGCGCGCGCGGCAGCUGUUCCCGGACGGGCCCUAUCCGCCGCACAACGGCAUCUCGUCCAAGUCCGUGCCGUCGACGCCGCAGCUGGCGGACGAGCGCAGCGUCUUCAGCUACAGCAACCGUGACUUCCUCAUCAACGGCAACUCUGUCUGCGGCACCGCGCAGCUGCCCGGCAUCGUCGUCGACGACGACCGGGAGCUCACCUCUCCCCCUUACGAUAUGCUGCAAGGAGACAUCCUAGAACCCCUCACGCUGGCCGACCUCGACAACGUCGAUCUCUAGUCAGCCAUUCUGAGAAUCCCCCUUUGUAAAUAUAGAUGUUAAUUUCGUUUAUUUUUAUAGAUACCGAGAUAUUGGCUAUCUUUGAGUACAAUGUUAUUUGUAUAUGCCUUCAGUGAAGGUAAACAAUUCUGUGCAUACCUUAUUUUAAAUAUGGAUCGCACGCUCCCAAAAUUUGAGUCAAUAUACAAUGCACCAUUUAAUAUGUGAUAUGAUGAACAUAUAAUGUGAAAUUAUUAGAAAGUAUCUAAGCUGCAAUAAACAAUUAGGAGAUUAUAAUCUUCCAUAUAAAAUUAAUUGGACAAGCACAGCACUAAGUUAAUUUCAAAAUAUAGUAUCUAAUUUAUUACAUUGUCUGAGUGUUUAAUGUUGUAAAGUGUGUGCAUAUAUAUAUAUAUACUUGUCAAUAUGAACUAUGUCGCUUUUGCAGCUAGAAUACGGUAGACAGUUCUUGUAUAAUGUUUUCUAAUGUCCCGAUUGUAAAUAGCAAAAUGGUAUGUAUCAAGACAAUAUAAAGCUCAUAAUCACAAAACAACAUCGAAUUUUGAUAUCUAUAUUGUAAUAUGUAUGUUUAAUAUAAUACAAUCAUAUAUAUUAGAAUACAUACAAGUUAACGCGAAAGAUACCAUCAAUUGCGUAUACAAGUAGCUAUGUAGUAUAUACAGACCAAUGCAGCGUGCCAAGCGCGCUUAGUGAAUUAGAAUUGAGUUUGGUAAGAAAAAUAUAAAUAAAUAUUAUAGUUUAUGAGAAAAUGAAUUUAUUGUAAGUUAGCACAAAGAUUAAUAUAUUUUAUUAUCACAUAGGAGUUUUACUGAUAUACUAAAUUUAAAUAGGACGCAUGAAAUGCGUAGUGGAAAUUGAAAUGGCCAGUAUGGCUGCAGUGAGCUUAUAGGAGACAAUUUCAGUUCAAUAUUAUUGUUGUUGAUAAGGUUGGGGGUCGGCCAAACCGAAACUAAUUAAACAGGGUUUGAUAAAGGCAAUUACUCGGUAAUUCAUUUUGACUUGGCACCUUGUGUGAUACAUAAAUUAUAUUUAUACCGACGUUGCAAAAUCAAUGAUUUGCUUAAAGUAAUGCCUUCAUGAAAACUAAUAUGGUAAUGCAGAAGUAUUGACAAAAUAGAAAGUAGGAAAGUGGAACCUGGGGUAAGAUGCUUGAUGGCGGAAGUAACUGGCAAAAAGCUCAGAUAAGAAAGAGAGAGACAUGCAGGUAGGAUAGAGAUAUAUUAAAUCAUGCAAUAAACAAGAUUUAAUAUAUCUCUAUUGCAUAUUUAUCCGUACUUUAUAAGGUUGGCGACUUCUAUAGUUUCGAGGUCCAAAAUGAUGUAAAAGUAUGAUAAUGAUGUCCAACUGGUCUGAUAGAUUACUUACUGCACAUUUCUAUCACUAAAAUUGUUGCUCCAUGUUGGAUCGGUGUGCUAUUUUUUGAAAUGUAAUUCGUCAAUCAUGCGACAAAAUAAUGAUUUUCUUUAUGUAACUAACCGAACCAGUCACAAAAGGUGCUCGCACCUCGCGCCCCCACGCAACCUCUAGUUUUCUUUAUAUAACUAAACGAAUCAAUGAGAGUUUAAAAUUUCAAAAAGAACACUCCAGUAUUUUGAACGCUGUAUUUACCUGUUACUUGCGGCCUAAUGUGUAAUAUUUGUUAGUUAUAUAAAUUUAUGUUUUAAUUAUGUUUUUUUUGUAGCAAUUUAACUAUUUUAUCGAAAUAUUUAUACCCAUAUAUUUCCUUGAACUGUGCCUAUUAUGGUUAUAAUAAAGCUUAGUAGUCGGUUUGUUACAACGCUAGUACAAAUAACACUGAAUCAACAGGGAUAUUAUAUCUAUAGAUAAGUGAAAACCAAGACUGUCAAAGUUUGUAGAUAUUUUCGCUGCAGAUUAUUUCAUGAUCACUACCUAUCUAAAAGAGGUCAUAUAUGAUACGCCUCGGUGGUCAGUGUCAAUAUUAUUCCAAUUUGGUACAAUUUACCAAAAGCUAGUACCUAAUUACUCUAAGUUGUACGUUCUAACUCUAAGGUACGUUUUAUAUAUGUUAGGCGGUAAUGUGACUUGUAAAUAUUAUAUUAUUUUUCACUUGUUCAGAUUAAUCUACAUAAAUGACGCGGAAUACAAAGUAACGUCCAAAUAAUCUCACACUAAUUUAUUGCCUUUUAAGUAUACAUAAAUAAUAUAUAAUUAUGUAGGUACAGCAUAAAAAUAAUAAAGCGUAUGUAUACUGAUUAUAUGUGCGCUCUGUUUUUUAUUGUAUCUUAAAAAUAAACUAUUCUACUAUAACUAAAAGAAAACACUUAAUGCUGAUCUGGUCCAAUACAUACACCAUGGGUAAACUAACAUUAAUAAAAAUAAUUACUGUGGUUAAAACCCAAAUACUUCCAUCACUAAAAAGUUAAUAAGUUAGUGUGAACAUAACACAAUAACAAUUUCUUGGUUCAAAAAACUGCACCGAUUUUUGCUGAGUGAGAUGAUAAACAAAAUUGGUGUAUUACGACUAAAUGGCUGUUAAUGUACUUUUCUGUCAUUUGUGUAUAGUUUUAUUGAUUGAACGGUUAUUAUAAAUUAAGUGUCAUCAAUAUAUUUCAUUAAGCCUUGUGUAAUUGACCAUCCACAACAUUAUCUUAGUACCUUAUUAUAACUUAUCAAAUUGCAAUCACAUAGCACUGUUAAUAGGAAUGAGUGUUUCCAUGUCUGUUCACAUACUUACUAAAUAAGAAAUAUAUAAUUUUUUAUGUUAUAAUCAGACAUGUGAUGAAGAUUUGUUACUAAAAAUCAAUAAGUUAUGUAAAAUGUACAUUAUUAACAAAUGACUAGACGUAUUAUUACAUGACACUGUUUAAUUUUAUUACAACUAUGUUGUUCUGUUAAUAUUUUUGUUUUUAUUAUUUCUUUUUUGUAUAAUGUAUGAUAAUGAAUUAGUUUUAAUUUGUAUGUUUAUCUUAUAAGGAAAAAAUAAUCCAUGUUGUUGAUUAGUCUUUUAUGGAUGUUGAUUUACACCAUUUGCUAUGCAGUGAUAAUAAAUGGUAUCAUAGUA